GGGGAAGCGGCGGCGGCUCUCGCCAAGAUGGCGGACGAGGCGGGCGAGGGGCUGCCGCGCUCGGUCCUGCCGGGGCCCCUGAGGGGCGGCAGCAGCGGCGGAGGCGGCGGGGGGUCGUCGUCGUCGUGCUCCUCUUCGGCGGCGGCCCCUUCCUCGGCCUCGGGGGCGGCCCCGGGCCCGCGCGUGGUCCGCAUCGUCAAGUCCGAGUCCGGCUACGGCUUCAACGUGCGCGGCCAAGUGAGCGAGGGCGGGCAGCUGCGCAGCAUCAACGGAGAGCUCUACGCGCCCCUGCAGCACGUCAGCGCCGUCCUGGGCGGGGGGGCGGCCGAGCGCGCCGGGGUCCGCAAGGGGGACCGCAUCCUCGAGGUGAACGGCGUGAACGUGGAAGGUGCGACUCACAAGCAGGUGGUGGACCUGAUCCGAGCCGGAGAGAAGGAGCUGGUCCUGACCGUCUUGUCGGUGCCGCCCCACGAGGCGGACAGCCUGGACCCCAGCGACGACUCCCUGGGCCAGUCCUUCUACGACUACACCGAGAAGCAGGCGGUGCCCAUCUCCAUCCCCACCUACAAGCACGUGGAACAGAAUGGUGAGAAGUUUGUGGUGUACAACGUUUACAUGGCGGGGCGGCAGCUGUGUUCGAAGCGGUAUCGGGAAUUCGCCAUCCUGCACCAGAACCUGAAGCGAGAGUUCGCCAACUUCACUUUCCCACGCUUGCCGGGCAAAUGGCCCUUCUCCCUCUCAGAGCAGCAGCUGGACGCCAGGCGACGGGGGCUGGAGGAAUACCUAGAAAAGGUGUGCUCCAUCCGAGUCAUCGGGGAGAGCGACGUCAUGCAGGAGUUCCUGUCCGAAUCGGAUGAGAAUUACAACGGAGUAUCAGACGUUGAACUCCGAGUGGCGCUACCAGACAUCACGACGGUGACUGUCCGGGUCAAGAAGAACAGCACCACGGACCAGGUGUACCAGGCCGUGGCUGCUAAGGUUGGGAUGGACAGCACGACCGCCAACUACUUUGCGUUGUUCGAGGUGAUCAAUCACUCCUUCGUGCGGAAAUUGGCGCCCAACGAAUUCCCCCACAAGCUCUACGUCCAGAACUACACCUCGGCCGUGCCGGGGACCUGCCUGACCAUCCGGAAGUGGCUCUUCACCACCGAAGAGGAAGUCCUCCUGAACGACAACGACCUGGCGGUGACCUAUUUCUUCCACCAGGCCGUCGAUGACGUGAAGAAAGGGUACAUCAAAGCCGAGGAGAAGUCCUACCAGUUGCAGAAGCUGUGCGAACAGAGGAAGAUGGUCAUGUAUCUGAACAUGUUGAGGACCUGCGAGGGUUACAACGAGAUCAUCUUCCCGCACUGCUCCUGCGACUCCCGCCGGAAGGGCCACGUAAUCACAGCCAUCAGCAUCAAGCACUUUAAACUCCACGCCUGCACGGAGGAGGGCCAGCUAGAGAACCAGGUAAUAGCCUUCGAAUGGGACGAAAUGCAGCGGUGGGACACGGACGAGGAAGGCAUGGCUUUCUGCUUCGAAUACGCCCGAGGGGAGAAGAAGCCGCGAUGGGUUAAAAUCUUCACCCCUUACUUCAACUACAUGCACGAGUGUUUCGAGCGGGUGUUCUGCGAGCUCAAGUGGCGGAAAGAGGUGGAAGAGGAAGCCACAGACAAGGACAACAAGAACUGCAGUAAAGACAAUAUGUGCAGCAAGAACAUCUUUCAGAUGAUGCGGACACACCACAGAGACAUCACGACUUAGCCUCGCGUCGCCGCAGACAGAAGAAGAAAUACGUAUUAUCCCUUUCCCCCCCCCCGCCCCCUCCUGAAAAUUAACACUUUAAAAAAAUUAAAAAUGUAAGAAAAAAAACAACCAGGGAAAAAUAAAGAAAAGAAGGGGGGGAAAGUGGAUUCCCGGGUUGGAUCCCACGGAUCCGUUCCGCUAACGGCGGCGCUUCCCCCGGAGCAAAGAGCUUUCUUCCCCCCCCCCCCCUCGCCAACAGGAGAGGCCGUUUGUUAGCAGAGACGUUCUGCCAGAGACCACCUUUCCUAUUAUUAAGCCCUUAAGCUGAAUGUUAAUACCAUUCGUGAAUUUCAUGUUUAAGCAAUGGGGGGGGGGGGACUUGGGGAAUCCGCAAGAGCCAUCAGAAACGGAAGGGGGGGGGUGUCGAAGAAGAGGGUCAGAUUCUCGCCAGCAAAAAUUCGUGGUUUAAUCUCACUUGUCUCCCCACCCCGCUUUGGAAUCCUGUCGUUCGAAGAUGGACUCUUCUGAGGAUAUUUUUUUUCUUUCCGGAUUCUUUUUUUCUUUUCUUUUUUAAACACAACUGGAUAUAGAAACUUACAUCCAUUUUGCACUGUUUGGACAUAUAUAUGUAUGUAUGUAAAAAAGCAAAACAAAAAGCUUAUAUAUACAAAAACUUACCAUGCACGUAUAUACAUAUAUAUAAUUUUCAUAUCGACGGGCGUUAACCUC